AUGGCAAUAGUCACUGACACAAAAGAAGGAGGGGAUACCACCACCCCACCAGCCAACCCAGACAAAGGACAACCGCCCAACCCGCGGCUCUACCCAAACCUAUCUGAAGAGUACAGACCACCACCCUACUCGCCUCUCCCAGCCCCAACACUAGCUGCUAUACAGGCCCCUGUAAUGACGGUGAGAGGGGGUGUGAUAAAGGGGGAAGUAGCAGUGCGCCUAAUGGAAGGAGCAAUCGAUGUUGAGGAUCUGGAGCCCCCCAGCGGUCUCCACUCCAUGAAUACUGUAGAGACGGGGCCCCAAAGUGGACGGACAUCACUGAACCCAUUCACUUCACACUCAGUCAGCACCGACAGUUGCUCCAACGAUUUCAAGCCUCUCCCACCCAGUCUCCUUUCUCCACUAUCUAAAGCAGUCUCUGCAGCAACCCCACGCAGCUACACCAGUGAACAUCGCUCAGCUGAAAAAGGGAACGUCGAAAGGGAGUAUCUGACAUCAUUAAACCUGCCACAAGAGGAGGAUGAAAAUGAAUGCAGUGGCGGUCCAACCCGGGAACAGAUAUGGACAGCUGCCGAACAGAUCAACAGGGAACAGCUUCCAGCACUAGGAGACAUGAGAGCACUGCUAGCCAGAGCCACUGACCACACCACCAUGGAUGAGAGCAUACCCAACGGAGAGAGACUAUGCAGCACUAUCAUCAUUUCUCAUGAACAAUAUUCGUAUUCUGUUCUUCCCCAGGGCUACAGGUGCUCACCCGGAUUAUUCAACCGUAUCCUAAAGGAUCACCUGGCUGAACUCAUUAUCCCUGAGGGUGUGGUGCUCAUCCAGUAUGUAGAUGACCUUCUGCUGGCCGCACAAUCUUCAGAUCAAUGUCUGGCUACAACCAAGCUCUUGCUGGAUUUUUUGGCGAUAAAAGGGUACAAGGUCAAGAAAUCUAAGGUUCAAACGUGUCGUCGAACUGUCCUGUUUCUUGGAAGAGAAAUCUCAAGUGAAGGGGCAGGACUGUCUACCGCACACAGAAACUCGAUUUUGCAUCACCCGCGGCCUACCACAGUCUCUGGAAUGCUCUCGUUUCUUGGUCUUACGGGAUACAGUCGUACCCACAUACCAGACUACACCACCAGAACAGAACCCUUACGCGAGAUAGUCCGAGAAGCUGGGCCUAGAAACCUUCAUGCCCCUCUGAUAUGGACUCCCCAAGCAACUGAUGCGUUUGGCCUCCUGAAAACCGAACUCUCAGUGGCAGCUGCACUUACUGCCCCAGACUAUGGCAAGCCCUUCCACUUGGAUGUUUCCGAAAAAGAAGGAUUCACAUCAUCCAUUCUCUUUCAGAAACAAGAGGGGGAGAGAAGGGUCCUGAUGUACCACUCAUCAAAACUGGAUCACAUUGACACAGGUCAAACCACGUGCUCAAGAUACGUGGCGGCGGUAGCAAAAGCAAUUGAAAAAACUGCCCACUUGGUAAUGUGCCACAAGCUGGAAAUACACACACACCAUGGCGUUGCAGCAUACCUAACUGCAAAAGAAUUUACUUUCAGUGCACACAGAAAAAACAAAAUUCAGAACAAAUGUACACAGUCACACAUCACGUUUGUCAACACGGACAAGAACAUGGCUGACGCCCUUAAUGCGGAAGAAGGGAUAACCCAUGUGUGCGCAGAAAGAGCUGCUCAAGAACUGAAACUCAGACCAGACUUGGAAAACGAACCCAUAUUGACUGCAGACCUAUGGCUAUACACUGACGGGUGUUGUUACAGAGGAGAAGAAGGCAACAUAGCAGCAUACGCAGUAGUACAACAGACUGAGGAUGGAGCCCACACCACCCUGGAAUCAGGUAUAAUACCUCAGCCCGCAUCAGCCCAAUUGGCAGAGAUAAUUGGACUCACCCAAGCAUUAACAGUGGCCAAAGGGAAAAAGGUCAACAUAUACACCGACUCAGCGUAUGCUCAUGGAGCAGUACACAUUGAUGGACCACAAUGGGUCAGACGAAACUUUACCACUACUGGAAAUCUACCAAUCAAGCACAAGACCCAGAUGGAGCGACUGAUUGCUGCGGUAUCACUUCCUGAAAAGGUGGCCAUAAUGAAAUGCAAAGGACAUCAGAUACUGGACUCCAAGAUCAGCAAAGGAAAUGAUGCGGCCGACCAGGCAGCUAAGAAAGCAGGUGGCUACACUCCCAGACAAAUGGUUCUACAAGUAAGUCCACCUAGGACUGAAUUGACUAACCAACACAUCAAGGAACUACAACAAACUGCCGGACCGUAUGAACACUCAGUAUGGGGACAGAGGGGAGCGACAAAAGGUCCUGAUGAACUGUGGCGAUGCCAUGAUGGCAGACUAGUGGCCCCUGCAAACCUCUGUCCUGAACUAAUCAGAGAAGCACACGGACUGACACACGAGGGGAAACUGAAGACUUGUCAGAGAGUCUCUUACGUGUGGUGGCAUCCUUACAUGAAAGAAAUGACAGAUUUGUUCUGUGACAAUUGUGACAUCUGUGGAAGUCACAAUCCAAAGAAACCUUACCAAACACCAAUGGGUCACUAUCCGGUACCUAAUGCCUGUUUUCAAGACAUCAGCAUAGAUUAUACAGACAUGGGAGCAGAUCAAGUGAAGGGAGGAAAAAGAUAUUUGCUAGUAAUGGUAGACAGAUUCUCUAAAUGGGUAGAGGCCAUUCCUACAGUUAAGGAGGAUGCGAAGUCAGUCAUUAAGUGGCUACAAACGGAACUCAUACCUAGGUAUGGGGUCCCGCGACAAAUCAGAUCCGACAAUGGGUCCCACUUCUCCAACCAACACUUGAGACAGGUUGAGGAGAGGUUUGGCAUUACACACAAAUUCGGUUCGGUGUAUAAGCCGCAAUCGCAGGGACUUGUGGAACGCUGUAACCAGACUUUGAAAGCUAAGAUAGCUAAGGUUUGUGCAGGAACUAAAUUGACAUGGGUGGAAGCCCUGCCCCUGGCACUGAUGGCCAUGAGGUCCUCACCAGGUGCAGGGACACAUCUCUCACCCCAUGAGAUAAUGACAGGCCGAGUGAUGCCUGGGCCGCCAAGAGAGGGAGGUCAUAUGCCCCCUCUUGAUGUCCACCAGAUAGGAAUGUCUGACUAUGUAAAAAAACUGACCGAAUUAUCUGCAGCUCUCUCCACGCAGAUACACCGGGUCGCAGAGGGGGAGCUGACGGAUGACCAGGAACAACCAAGGGUGCCAGCGAAGGGCACCUUUGGUCUAGACGACAAAGGGCACCAUGGGAAAGAUUAG